AAAAACUUUCAACAGCUACUCAGCUUUUUUUUUUCUUUUUUUUUUGUUCUUUUUCCACUGAAGGGUUUGUAUCAAUGCCUUAAAAUCAACAAAGCUUGUCGAGAAGAAAACGAUGAACGAAGCUCUCUUGGUCGCAGACGCUGUCUGGUCGACGAUCGAAUCUACUUGCUCAGUGACUGAUGAUCAGCUUUCCAUCUUGCAUUUCUUGUUCGGUAAAAACCUCGAGAAAGCCACCCGAAUUGUGGACAAGAGAGGCGUCAAGAGAAUCUCCGGCGAGCCGAGUGGAAGAUCCAUCUUUCAGGUUGUCGGAGAAUCUCAGAAGAGGGAGGAGUAUUUGUGCUUCCCUGAAGAUUACUGCGGAUGUUAUUCUUUCUUCUAUGAUGUCGUAAGCAGAGGAGAACAACACUGUUGUAAGCAUCAAUUGGCCGCAAGAUUAGCUUCUUCAUUGAGAACAUGCAAUGAAAUCAAAGUUUCAGAUGAGCAUCUCGCCCUUUUGCUCUCAAAGAUCUGAGCUUUCAUACAAAUCUUAAAGUUAGAAACUGUCUGAAGAUGAAGAAUCAUGCUCCUAACUGUAUCUAUCUUCCUGUAAUUAUGAAUGAUACAAAGACUUCUGGCUGUGAGAACUUUGCUGCUACUAUCAUUGCACAGUCACAGUCAUUGAGGCAAAGAAUUAGGUGAAAACUUUUUUCAUUAUCA